UUAACGCCGUCUAUUAGAAAUAUUCAUUAACGAUGUUCAGAACCAUACGUUUCGCGUCUCUGGUAAGAAAUUUCGCAACCAAACCGGAGGAGAUUGGAAAUCUUGUUAAGGGAAAUAAAGUAGUAGUUUUUAUGAAAGGCGUGCCAGAAGAACCAAGAUGUGGUUUCAGUAAUGCUGUUGUACAAAUCCUCAGAAUGCAUGGUGUACAAUAUAACGCACAUGAUGUACUGGCUGACGAAGAACUUCGACAAGGUAUAAAAGAAUUUUCAAACUGGCCAACGAUACCGCAAGUAUAUAUAAACGGUGAAUUCGUUGGCGGAUGUGACAUAAUGCUUCAAAUGCAUCAAAACGGGGAAUUGAUUGAAGAGUUGAAAAAAGUUGGUAUUAACAGCCUUCUUCUGGAAACUGGAAAAGAGGCUGAUAACACUAAGAAAUAGAUGCAACGUGUUAAUUCUCUGUAAAUAGUUAAUAUAUUCACGUUAUUGUUCAUUUUAUUUUGUACCUAGUCAGUUUCUGUUACAAUAGAAAAAAAAACAAACAAGUUAAGUUGA